AUGGGCCCCGUUGCCACCCCUUGCGGCCACGUCGCCGCCCUUCGCGGCCCCGUCGCGGCCUCUAGCGGCCCCGUCGCCGCCCUUCGCGGCCCCGUCGCCGCCUCUACCGGCCCCGUCGCCGCCCUUUGCGGCCCCGUCGCUGCCUCUGCCGGCCCCGUCGCCACCCUUCGUGGCCCCUGCGAUAGGGCAGACGGCCUCUCCCUGUUCGAUCUCACCUCUGGUGCCUCUCCUGCCCCGCCUACUGAUGCUGACAGCACUGUUCGCUCACAGUGGGCCACACGCGAUGCUGCUGCCUCUCUUGCUGUGCGUCGCCACUUACCGACCACUGAGCGUGCGCACUUUAGUCAGUACAAGAGUGCUAAGACCUUGUACGACGCUGUAGUUGCACGCUACUCUUCCCCUGCCACUGCUGCUCUUAGCCGCCUCAUGCUGCCGUACCUGUUCCCUGACCUUGCUGCCUUUCCCAUAGUCGCUGACCUCAUUACGCACCUUCGCACUAGUGACACUCCCUACCGCGCUGCGCUUCCUGCUGAGUUCUGUGCCAAGAACCACCCCCCCAUGUACAUCACCCUCUACUACAUAGUCACCCGGCUCCCUGACUCCCUUCGUUUAGUCAGGGACCACUUCCUCUCAGUUUGCCCCACCACUCUCACCGUUGACCUCCUCGAGGAGCGCCUCCUAGCGAUAGAGAAGAGCAUAGUCGCUGUAGGAGCCUCUCGUGGUGACCUUCGCACCCCCGUCUUUGAGGGGUGUUCCCCCUCCCCCCUUUUGCCCUCUGUUGCUUCUGCUGCUCUGGCUGACCUCGUUGGCAUCGAGUCGGUCGCGCCGCGUCUGCCCCUAGCGGGAGACGCCGCACCAACAAGGGCAAGGGGGGCAAGGCCGCUGGAGGGGCUGGCGGGGGCGGUGGAGGUGGUGGUGGAGGCAGUGGAGAGGGUGGGGGAGGUGGUGGGAGUGGUGGCGGGGGUGGAGGUGUCAGUGGCAGCAGUGGAGGCGGAGGAGGCGGCGGCGGUGGCGGAGGGAGCAGAGGCGGCGGAGGUGGCGGAGGCGGUGGAGGUGGCGGAGGCGGCGGCGGCAGCGGUGGAGCUGGUCGCGGCUCUGCGCAGAGGAGUGGUUCCGGUGGUGGUCCGUGCCAGCAGCAGCAACGCGCUCGUGAGACCCCGUCCCCUCAGCAGCUUCGUCAGUGGUACGAUGCGCGUCAGCGAGGUGGGGGUACUGGUCCCUGCACCUACGUCCCCAGCAGCUUCGUGA